AUGGACAACUCCGUAUGGAGACUUCAAAACGAUCAUGUCGACCGUCCUAUCAAAAUUUAUAACAAAGACCCGUGGUCAUCGCCCUAUGUUCGAACUCAGAUUGUCGAUGUCGCAGCUAACGGUUCAAACGUGGCAGGUGGAAUCAUUUUAAUUCUGCUCUCAGAAGAACUAAAGAUCCUCGGAAUUCAUAAAUGCCUAUCCCUGUCGGUAGAAGAAUUUGAAUAUGACCGCCUUCGGAGCUUUGCAUGCGUCACGGACUAUGUCGGUCCUUCCUGUCAUGGCUGGGGAGCGUCGGGAGCGUUGCCUAUUCCGUCGUUGGGAUACUCUGAUAAACGUAUGGCUUAUAUUGACCCGGACUGCCUGCCGAGGACUGUCGUAUCAGCUCGUCUUUCUGGCAGUGGUUACAGAACACCAGGAUCUGGAAUAGAAUGUGGUGCCGGCAGGAAGUCCAGAAAAUUCUCGACGUUAUAUCAGGGCAUCGGUGAGGACACCGACAGUGAGUGUGGAAUCGGCGGCAAGACAGUCGAGGUGGCCAGAGGAGCGGAUACCCAUGCCGUAGAUUAA